GAUGGGCAGUAACCCUGAUAUUUCUUCUGAAUAGUAAAAAAAAAAAAGCAAAUAUUUGUUAUGCUUGGGCUCCCUCUGGUGGUGUCAUGCUCUAUGAAGUACUAGGGUUGGAAUUCUACUUUGUAUUCUACUUUUUGUUCUAUUUGCCUCCAAAUGUUGGAUUUUAUGAUGGAGAUGCAGGUAAGGUUUACUUCUGCAUCUAUAACCUUUUGCAUGACCGAAUCUUGCAUGUAUUUUCUUCUAGGUUUGUAAUUGAGCAGUUAUUGGAGCCUUUGAGCAGGGCAUUGGGCGUGUACUGUGAUGGAAUUGAUGUGGUAUAAUUGUGAAUUUGACCCAGCAUGAAUAGAGUCAAUAACUAAUACAUGUAGUUGAAACCCAGAAUUGCAAUUAUUUUUUAUAAUUCAUAACCAACAUAUGUACAGUAGUUAAAACAAACAUUGUCAAUAUUUAGUGGAAUUGGUAGAAUUUAUAACCAACAUGUGUACUUCAAACAAUUGACCCAGUAUUUGAGUAAAGUAUAUGACUAAUGUAGUUAACAUAACCCAACCUUGUCAUUAUUUUUGACCGUGCAUUUAAGUGGAAUUGAACUCUGGGUUACACGUUAUUUCUAACACGUGGUCGUUUGUUCGCAGUGAGGUGGAGAAUCCUUCAAGCAACCUGGGCGACUGUCAAGUCGGCUUUGGCUCGCCGGGCUGCGAGGUUUCGACACUGCACGAGGACGGACACGGGGUGGCUGAAGGACGACAAGAUGAGUAUCGUCAGGGCGAUGUCCACCUGCACGCACACAGGAAGUGGUGUCAGACGUGUAUGUUUACAUUUGUCUUUUCUUCUACAUCAUCAGGUUGUAACUCACGUAUAAAGAAUUUCCAUGGAGAACCGUUUCCACCACAGCGAAGCAGGCGUACUGCAGUAAGGAGAAGACGGCCGAAAGAGCCAUCAUGAGGCCAAACAGCUUCCCGAAGUGACGUGUUGGGAAGCUGCACACAGGAAGUCUACUCACACCGCGCUGAUGAAGGACGUGAGGCCGCCGUACAGGAAGGCGUAGUUGAGCACUUGCAUCACGAAGGUGAAGUACUGCAGCUUCAGAACGGGGAUGGCGGCGCAAAUGGAGAACACCAUGGCCAUCACCGACGUCAAGAAGAAAGACGCGACUGCGGAAUUCAGGAUGAGACCAUUCAGGGGACUGCAGAACACGUGACACAUCUGAGUGAAAGCGUAGGCGUUGAUGUACUGGCUCACUGAGAAGACACGGAGAACUCUGGUGAGACGCCUUGAUUUCAGAUAAACAAUAGCACAGCUGUACACUGACUACUCUUAACCACCAUCACCGACCGAGCGAUGAAUCUCCACCGGCCAGCCUCUCCAGCGUGGGGUUGAGGGUCCCGAUGAACAGGUAAUGUCUCAGCUGGAUCACCGACAACCAAAGCAGGAGCAGCAAGAACAACCUGGACAGGACGCACUCGCGGAACGUUUUCUCUGAUCAAGACCGAGAAAGCACGGAUGAGAUUCCAAGCCAGCGUCCCGACCAUCCAUUCCGAGAUGAACGCACCUGGAUCUCCAGAUUUCCCAGUCAGAGGUGAGGAAAAAGGCCAACUGACCUUGGACCAGCGAGCCGCCAACGUCUGUGGUGUUGACGCAAAAGGAGGCAAAGAAACCCUGCGUCUUGAGAAUGAAGACAAGUGACGGCCAACCAAACAUGAUCCCCGCAAAGCCCAGACUCUCCAGCAGGCCUGUGACGAAGAGCCAAUCUUGAGUAUCUCGUGACACCCCUCCAAAUGACUAAACCAUCCAGCUGUUGGCCUGCGCGUGCAUAUUGUCCCCCCGUCGUCUAGUCCAGGUGGAGAUGUGGUGCUACCAAAAGCCUGGAUUUGAAGCCCUCCUGGUGGCCGAGCUGCAGAGACAGCAGCAGCGUAGACAGUUCUGCGACACUCUCCUCAGGGCAGAAGGUGUUUCAGUGCCGGCACACGGUUGUGUCCUAUCAGCGAUCAGCCCUCAGCUGUCCACCGUGCUGCCCUCCUCAGCAGCACCCCCAUCUGGACAGAAGCAUGUGGUGGAGUUUGGCAGCAUGGGGGCCAGGACUCUGCUCCACCUGGUCAAACUGCUGUACUCGGGGGAGAUGGCCGGGGAGGGGGAGAGCGAGAAGCAGCAGGCUGUGUCGGCGGCGGCCAAGUUGGGGAUCCUGGACCUGGUGGAGGUCACGCAGAGACGGCGGGGGCAGCGCUCCGAGGUGGGCGUGCAGACGGAUCCAGUGGAGCUCAGGGACGGGAACGUUUUGUGUGUCCGGUGGAGCCAAGAGGUGGGGGAUGGCGAUGGCAGCAGCGUUCCGUGGAAAGACACAAAUGCAGAAAGAAACGUCCAGGCAGGGGGGGGGCAAGUAAGCGACCCCCUCCAUUGUCAUGCCGUGCCCACUUAUGAGACGAUUGACCUUGCUCAAUUUCAGACUUUAGGACACAUGGAUGUUAUUCAUCCCGUUGUUCCCGUUUCUGUCAUCCACCCUCAAGAUGGCAACCAAUGGACUGCUGACUUCCCCGCUGGCCUUCACGCAGGCGGCAGAGACAUUUUGGAGGGGGACGUGGGGGGCGACGAGCAGUUUGAGCAGUAUCACGACAACAUCCCGGGAUUCAUCAACCACUUUUUAAACCUGGACCACAAGGAGGCGGGCCAAACCAGGAGGAAGCAGCGAGGAGCACGAAGGGCGGCCGCGAAAAAGCCCCGCCGGCCGCGGGGGCCCAGAGGGGGCAGGGGGUGGAUGCAGACGGUGGACGUGCAGGACGUGAAUGUGAGCAAGCGGCACAAGUCGCUCCUGCAGAGGUGCGGCAUGGCGGCUUCUGUGAGGGCGGGUCAGGGGGGAGGAGCCACGGGCAGGAAGUUGUACCUGAAGACCCGGCACAUUCUGUGUUCCGGCCGGGGGUCUCAGACGAGGCGAGGGCGAGGCGCUGGGUGGGAUUUUAGCCCCGAUGGAGACCAGAUGGGAGGGGGAAGCUUUGUGAUGCGGAGGACAAAUCCAGAGUGUAAAAAGGUGUCUCCCGCCGCCCCCCGCACUCCCGCAGCGCUCUCCCACCCAGCUCCGCCCCCUCAUGACGACCCACCUGAGAACUUGGAUCGCCUCUUGGACGAAGUGAUGAGGGGCCUGAACGUCAUGGCGAGCAGCAGCGCUCCAGACUCCCAGCCGCAACAACAACAACAACAACAACGCCAUCCUGGCGCCACCACAGUGGUGGUCUCCACAGGGCGAACGGGCGACAGCCGCUCAGACGGCGAAGCGGGCCGUGUGGACCCGCAGGUGGAGGGAGACUUGACGGCCAUGUUGGAAGACUUCCUCCAGUCCUUAGAGCCGCGUGGUGACAGCUGCGUUGUCAGGGUGGAGGAACGCCACCGCCCACCUCAGCGCAAAAGAAACAAAGCCACACCCUCGGCGACACAAAGUGCACCUCCUCACGGAGCUUUAGAAGGAGUUAGAGCCGCGGGAAAACGCAGUGGGAAGAAACGACAUCCUCAAAAUGAGAGGAAGCGCAUCCCGUACUCGGUGAGCGACAUCAUCAAUAAAAUAGUUGCGGAACGAGGCGAUGAGUGUUUACGCCAUUUGCCCGUGGUGAAACUGGAGCGGCGUGGCGUUCCGGCGGUGAACACCUCCUCGCAGACCGUCAGCUGCCAGGCAGUGAAGGAGGCUCCUGAUACCCCUGCAGGCUCCACAAAGAUCUACCCCAUCAGGAGCAGAUGCAAGCGAGCCCCUAAAAAGCCGCUCCCGGCGAAACCACCACCAUCACGACCGGUCCGCCAGUCAAGUCGACUCAGGAAGAUCACACCUCUCAGUCCAGUGGCGCCAACAUCUGGAACAAAACAUGGCAACCUCAUGGAGAAGAAUGAAGACAGGAGAGGAAGUAAAGCCACUGAGGAGGACGAGACGAUUGGAGCCGUGAGGAGGUCAUUGAAGAGGAGUCCUCAGCCAGACGAGGAGACGACAGACGUCAGCGGCGAGACCAAGAAGAAACGUCUUAAGAGAAAUGAUCCUCCUCCAUCUCGGACGUCCACGUCUGAUGAAACCGUCCUGCAGGCCAGCCAAGAAGAAGCAGGUGUUACUGAGCAGAACGAAGAGCUUUCCAACAUGGGCGAACAUCUGGAAGAAGGAAGCUGUCCGCACAAAACGGCGCCGUGUCUUCCACCAUCACCAGAAGUCAAAGCGGCGGUGCCAGGAAGCGAAGAAGAAGAGGAGGACGUCGAUGUGAUUGGAACGUGUGAUUCUACCCCCGAUCCAGUCGUCAUCACCUGGUCUCCGUGUCCCGACAGUGAAGGAACGGACGGAGACGAGGAGAUCGACGUGAUAGGAGUGUCGGACUUCGCCUUGGCUAUGAGCAACGCCGUGGACAGGAUGUAUCACGCCGAGGUACCCCUACGCUGAGUUGGUUAGUCCCGGACUUCCAGGUUGGUUCUCCUUUUGUCUUUGUUUGAGUUGCGUUCGAGAGACACAGGUAGGUAAAGAUGGACACCAGUUGGAUCUGGUUUUAUCAUGGAGGACUUAUGUAGCUAGUCACCCCAAACAGGACUUUCGUUUUAGCGUCUCUUAAAGGGACACGUUGUUCCUUUGUCGGUUGCGUGCGUAGCUCAGUUUAGUCCGCCAACGUUUUUUGCUACAAUAAAUGUUGUCUUUGAUUCAUCACGUCUGGCUUUGUACCGCCGCUUUAAGAGCAGCUGGGAACAUUGAAACUCAACAAGUCGAGCUUCAGAAUCCAUCCAGAAGCUCAGGACCUGUUUUUGUGUCCACUACUUGACCUUGUCGUUCCAUAACCUUCAGGAUCUUCAAGGACGUUUGACAUGCUUCAUGUCUUACUACGUCCAAACCUCAGCAGCAAUGGAGCUCAGUGAGAGGUCUCGCUUAUGCAGCUCAACAAUCCCACCGCCAUCAAAGACUGAAAGCUUUUUUGCCUUUGCCAUGAAGACAUCAUGACAGUUGGGAAUACCUGACACAAAAUCACAUGGAAUCUUUGCCGGGAUUUUGACUUCUUUACAAUAAAUUGCCCAAUCUAAACAUUUACUGUGGUUAGCGCGUAGGCCGCGCAGCUAGGAGACCAGAGUUUGAUUCCACCUUCUGUGUGGAGUUUGCAUGUUCUCCCCCUGAAUGCGUGGGUUUUCUCCGGGUACUUUUCGGCUUCCUCCCACAUUCCAAAACAUGCAUGUUAGGUUAAUUGGUUGACCAGUCCAGGAUGUACCCCGCCUCUCGCCCGAAGACAGCUGGGAUAGGCUGUUUGGGAUGGCCGCACGGUGGACGAGUGGUUAGCAUGUAGGCCACACAGUCAGGAGAUCGGGAAGACUUGUGUUCCAAUCUCUGCUUGGGCAUCUCCGUGUGGCGUUUGCAUGUUCUUACCAUGUGUACGUGGGUUUUUUCAGGGUACCCCAAUACUACUCCCAUAUUCCCUGUGGGAAUAUUCCAAUUCCGUUCCAGACAUAUAUAAAUAUGAAGAAAAAAAAACAUUUUUUAGAGAAAUUUGUGACAGGACAUAAAAGCCUGGUUCAACGGUCAUGGAUUCCGCUAAUUCUGGUGCAGAUGAAUCAGGCUAGAUACAGUGCACUACUUGGCUGCAACCAGCGGGGGGUGCUGUUGAGUCGGUUUCAUCUAGACUGCGACAAUACACAGAUAUUAUUCCUAGCAAUCAUAGCAGGAUCUAAACAGGAGUUCACAACAUCUACAAGCACAAGUUCAUUUUCCUCAUCGUCAUUCCGACCAUAGAGUUAUUGUAUGACAAUUGAGUUUUUCAAUUCAAGUUAUGUAAGUAUUGUAAAAUAAGAUCUCAGGAGCGCUUGAGGUGAAAAUGAGUUUAUUGCUAUCAACCUCCACACAAUAAGAGCACACCUGAGCUGCACCUCACCUUGGAGGUUCUCCCGCUUGAGCGCCUUUUCCACCACAGCUCAGGUGUGCGUUUGUGAGUCUGGCCCUCAAACCAAAUAAAAAGACCCCCGGGUUGUGGGUGUCGUCUCUAUCAGCGUGUGCGUGUUGGACUGUGUCUUUCCCUGUGCUUUAUCAGUGCCUUAUUGUCUCUUAUCACACUCAUCUGUCGAGGC